AUGGUUUGUCCAGGACUGGGAGUCACUCGCGCGUCGUUGGCUGUCAUCCUCGUCCCGAGUCUCGUUGUUCCCAUCGUCGUAGCCAACUUGAUCGGUCUUGGAAUCUGGAGAGUUCACAAACGUCACAAGCGUCAGCGCGCAGCAGCAAGAGAGAUUGCAGCAGAGCCAGCAGCCGGUGGACUGAUAGCUGGUGCUGGUGGAGCAGCCACCGGAGAAGCAGUCAUCACAGCAAUAUCGCCAUCUGGAGACAGCACGUCGACAGUUGUCUCGGCCGGGCAAUCGGCAGCUGUGCCUGCAAACCCAUCUGUCACGAUCGUUGGCUCAACCAGAGCCGGCACCAAGACAGCGUUGAAGAAAAUCCGCAAGUCGGACGGCAGCGACAUGAUGACGUCUGAAAUCACUGGCCAACACAUUACCAUCAAUGGGGCUGAUCCAGAGUUCACUUACGUGGUGAUUGUUUAUGAAGAGCCGGCGCGUCUUUAG